AUGGCUGAUCCCCCAGCCAACGGAACCCCCGGAAGCGACGGCAUCGUCGGCCGAGUCCGCGGGGCAUCAAUCUCGCUGCUCAAUGCGAAUCCCCAGCUUGGUAUGUGGCAGGCCGCCGGUACCGCCAUCGCACAGGCCCCUAAUCUCACCGAGCUUCGCGAUCCCGCCUCGGGCGGCGACAACAUCUCAUUCAAUGCCCAGGGCCACUCAGCGCGUUUCGCCGUGCAGGAGCGCGAUGGCGAACUGGCGCUGGCGAAGACUUCGACUAGGACCGGAGAUGCCGCUUCGUCGCCGCGUGAUCAACCUGCAUUUCGCAGCGUCUUCAACGACAAACAGGAGGAAGGCCAAGAUACGCAUGCUGAGGCCGAUGAGUCCCGCGUGUUGAUGGGAGAUGUGCACGCUGCCAACGGCGACAGCGCACCGAAUCCCCGACAACAGUUCCAGAGACGACAAAGUUUGCAUGAGAAGCACAUGGGCAAGGAAAAGGCGCCUUGGAAGACGACCGUCGCUCACGGCCUCAAGGCGUUCUGGAAAUUCUUCCUCACGCCCUCGGGAUUCGUCAUUACCAUUUACUGCUUAAACAUUGUCGCAUGGGGCGUAAGUCUUGCUCAUCUCAUUUCACCUUCUCAUCUCACUCCCCAUCUCACUUCACCUCCCCCACAAAUCUCACCACUGACCACCCUCUCAGGCGAUGCUUUUCUUUCUGCUCAUCAAUGCCGCCCCGGCGAUGAACUACCCCUCCGCCGACGACGUCAACUCACCGCGCAAGAAAUGGCUCGAAAUCUGCAGUCAGAUCCUCAACGCCCUCUUCUGCGUCACCGGCUUCGGUCUCGCCCCCUGGCGCUUCCGCGACUUGUACCUGUACAUCCGCGCCGUCAACUUCAAGGACCGCGAAGCGAUGCGCAAGCUCGCAGCCCAGAACAAGGGCUGGUUCCGCCCGCCCGCCUGGACUUUCGAGGGCGACGCCAAGGGCCGCACGCCCACUUUUACCGACCAGACGGCCCCGCCCACGGCGCUGUGGAAGCUGGGAUUUACCAUCUGGAUGAUGGUGCUCAACACGCUGUUGCAGGCUGUUCUGUGUUACUUCAUGUGGGGAUAUAA